GUCCAUAUCAAUCGUUUAUAUCCAACUGUUAUCGCCAUGGACCCCAACACACCACCCACCCUUCCCAGCCUGCGCCGAAGCCUGAACAUGGUCGAAAUUAGCAACACCCCCAUCCCAGCAAUCUCUCGAGCAUCACCUCCACCAGAUACCACAAUUGCAGAGUUCUUCCUCUCCCUCGCUCAAAAGUCACCACCGCUACUAUCCGACUCGCCAGCUACAACACCCCCUUCAUCGAGCCCACCCACUCCGAACAUAACCCAAAGCCGCAAGCCGGUCAAGCUCUCCAUCAAGCCCAUAGAUGCCGGCCUCCCUAGUGACACUGAAAUCAGUCCUCUCGACCUUGGUCCUGUCUACCCUCGGGACGUCCGAAGCGCAUGCCCUAGCCCGAGUCCAACCCUAGGCAUGUAUCUGGAUCUCGCAUUUCAUGAUGGACUAUCGGAUGAGGAGGCCGUCGCGAGUAACAGCCAAGUCAUCGCCGAGAUGAAAUGUCAUGCUCGGAGCCAGCGCAGGAGGAAAACACGCGUCACCAAUUCAUCCAUCGAGUCCUUUUUCUCCGAACCAAAGAUCAGUGGCUUUGAGGAUCUGAGUAUUGAGCGCAAUAGGCGGGAUAUAGAGCUAAAGGCAAAGGAUCGGAGGAAGAGUUGGAGGAUUUCGAAUGAUGUUUCUCUGGCGAAGAGGAAUUCUAAGGGAGCGUGGCAUCGGUAGAUGCUGGUGUUGUCAGAGUUCUUUGUUUGAGAUUGAGGUAUAUAUGUGGCUCUUUCAUUCGUUGAAAGGACCUUGUCUUAUUAUUAUGCUUAGAUAGGUUGGCAGAUUUGAUUGUUGGUGUUUUUUAUACAACUGUGUUGAUUCAGUGGCUCAUGUAUAUAUAAACAGCAUCACU